CUGUAUAUAUAUUAUAUUACUGUAUAUAUAAAUUAUAUUACUAUAUAUAUAUAUUAUAUUAUUAUAUAUAUUACUGUAUAUUACUAUUAUAUAUUAUUGUAUAUAUUAUAUUACUGUAUAUUAUAUAUAUUCCAUUCAUAUGUCUCAGAAGCCGUCUUCUUCCACUAUUCAAUUGACUGAAAAAGUUAUUACUUCUUUAAGACCCAAUAAAGAUUUUAAUUAUCAUAAAAGUACAACUAUUACAUCAUUAGAUUAUGAUGAUAGUGGUCAAUAUCUUAUAUCUUCUGGUAUAGAUAAAUCUAUACAAUUAUAUGAUAUUCAUAAAGGUAUUCAUUAUAAAGAUAUAAGAUCUCAAAAAUAUGGAGCUCAUUUAGCUCGUUUUACUCAUCAUGAAUUAAAUUGUUUAUAUGCAUCAACUCCAUCAUUUGAAGAUGAACCAAAUCAUGCUAUACGUUAUUUAUCUUUGGCUGAUAAUCAAUAUAUACGAUAUUUUAAAGGUCAUAAAGAACAAGUUACAGCUAUAGAAGUUCAUCCAAUAAAUGAUACAUUUUUAAGUUCAAGUUUAGAUCAUACUAUUAAAUAUUGGGAUUUAAGAUCAAGUAAUCCAGUAGGAAAUUUAAAUAUUGGACAAAAUGGAGUUAUUGCCUUUGAUCCUUGGGGGAUGAUAUUUGCUAUUGGGAAAUUUCCUGAUCCAUCAUCUUUGAAUGAUAAUAUUGCAUCAUUAUCAUUUUAUGAUUUAAAGACAUUUGAUAAAGGUCCUUAUCUUCAAAUAAAUUUAGAUAUAUUACCUCGACAAAGUUGGACAAAACUUGAAUUUUCUAAUAAUGGAAAAUUACUUUUAAUAGUUAGUGAUUCAAGUAUACAUUAUAUACUUGAUUCAUUUCUGGGUCAAUUAUUAACAACUCUUCAUUUAGAAGAUAUAAAUGAUGAACCUCAUGAUUCGAAUUGGUUAUCAUUUGAUUAUCCAUCAAGUGGUUCAGCAACAUUUUCUCCCUGUGGGAAAUUUGUUUUAGCGGGAACUCCCCUGGCAAAUUUAAAAAUAUUUAAUUUAUCCGAUUUAAAAUCAACUGAUGGGAAAACUCAUAGAGUUGAUGUUCAACAUAACAAACAUAAAACUUAUCCUGUAUCUCUGUUACCCAAUAAUCAGGGUAUUUCUAGAAUGGUAUUAUUUAAUCCUAAACUUCUUACGGUAGCAACAGCUGAUACCACUGUAACAUUAUGGCUGCCAAAUUUAUAGAUGUAAUAUUAAUAUUAAUAGUAAUAGAUUUUUUCUCAUUGCGAGCAUACAAAGAAAAUUGAAAAAUUCAUU